AUGAAGCUUCCAAUAAUCGACGUGAACGCGUUAACUUCGUCCGAGAUCACCGCUCGAGUGCGUUUGGCGUGCGAAACGAACGGUUUUUUUAUAUUACGAAACCAUUCGGUGAAGCAAUCCACGGUGCGCGAGAUGCACGAAGCGUCGAAACUGUUCUACGCGCUGCCGGUAAAGUUCAAAAUGCGUGCGAAACAAAACGCGAACAACCGCGGGUAUUCGCCGAUAAUGGAAGAGAAACUCGAUUUGAACGCGAACGGGGACAGUAAAGAAGGGUUUUACAUCGGUCGCGAGUGCGAAGACUGGGAGAUGGACUUGCCUUUGCGCGGGAAGAAUGUUUGGUGGCCACCUGAAGAGGAGGAGGCGAAAGACGAAGACGAAGAAGAGUCCGAGGCGAGAAAAAUCGGCAUCCGGUUCCGCCUGGCCAUGGAACAAUAUUACGAAGAGAUGGUGCAAUUCUGCGACGGAUUCGUCCCGACGUUUGCGGAGGCGUUAGGGUUACCGGGUUUUUUUGAGGACAAGUUCAAGCCGCACAACGCGCUUUUGAGACCGUUGAAGUACGGGAAAGUGAAGAGCGAAGGGAAACAGUUCGCGUGCGGAGCGCACAGCGAUUACGGCGUGCUCACCAUGUUGUGGGUGCAACCAGGCUCGGAAGGGUUGGAGAUUUUCGACGAGAAGAGCGAGAGUUGGAUGCAAGUCAAUUUGGGCGGCGCGGAGGAGGAGGGGAAGGAAAGCGAGCGGCCGGAUGAUUUCAUAUGUAACAUUGGCGAUUUGAUGCAAUUUUGGACGAACGAUCGAUUCAAAUCCACCGUCCAUCGAGUCGUAACGGACGGAACGAAAGAGAGAUAUUCGGCGGCAUUUUUUUACGAGCCAAGUUACGAGUGCGAGAUCGAACCGAUAGUGUUAGAAGGAGAGGAGCCAAAGUACGAGAAAACGACGUUUUUAAAGUACAUUCUGGCAAAGUACGACGCGACGCACGAGGCUUUCGACAGCGGUGAAAAAAAUGCCUCGAAGAAGAAGUGA